AUGGCGGAGACCGCGACGCCGUCGUGGAUGAAGAGGCCCGCGGUGGAGGCCCUCGGAUCGGCGCCUGCUCGCGACCAGAAGGUCGCCAAGGGCGACCACCGCAUGUGGGCGAUCAUGCUCGCGAAGCUGGUGCUGACGGGCGCCCGCCAGAUCGCGACGCUGGAGUCGGAGACGAUCGGGCACGUGUGCCGCGUCGCGGGAUCCGACUACGAGAAGACCUCUGGUGAGCUGAAGCAGAAGCAGAAGAACGGCGAGGUGGUGGACUUCCGCUCGAGGGGCGCCCCGUACGUGCGCGUGUUCAUCAACGUGCUGCGUCGCAUCCUGGAGCUCGCCAAGGCGGGGGCGGUCCACGCGGACGAGAGCAUCUACGGCCCCAUCAAGGAGUACUGGGAGACGGUGAUCUUGCACAAGGCGCCGUCCGAGAUCGGCGCGGACGUCCUCCACUUCCGCUGCAAGAAGGCUCGGAAGGACAGCGCCGACGCGAAGUGGGUCCUCAGCAUGGCGGCGUGGAUGAAUAAUCCCCUCGUGAGUGCGACGUGGACGGCCGCCCUCGGCUACAUGGUCAGGAUCCAGAAGAUCGAGAGGGUGGCGGGUCCAGCACCCAAGGGGCCCUUGGAGCGCGAG